AUGUUCAAUUUACAAGAUUCUCAGAAUCGUCGUGAGCCACAAAGACUUGAUCUGUCUAUUGUGCCAGGAAAAAGUCUGGGAUGGUUUCGUUUAGGUACGUCAAUUUGGGACAUAAAUAACUUUAUAAGGGAACAAUCUCGUAUUAUUCCUUCUGUGGAUUUAAAAUAUGACGAAGAGGCGCCAAUAUCAACAGACAUAUUCCUAUCUUUAACAGCUAAUGGAAUUCACAUGAGAUUUGAUAGCGCAUCUCAACGACUUAAAUCAAUUCAAGUUUCUGAUUUUUCGAAAUUGAGAUUAACAUAUCAUGAUAGUGAAGUUAGUUCGAUCAAAGUUACACCAACUUUUCUUUCAAUCUAUAAAAUUUUUGGUCCCACUUACCCAGGAGAGCUUGAUAGUAAAAAAAAAGAAUACACACUAAAUUAUCCAGGUAUUUCGUUUGUUUUCCCUAUACCUGAGGAGCAUAUAUCCUUCUAUACUUCCUCUUCUGGUAUGACAGAUCUUCCUAUGGAACUUCCUGAUGGAACUUCUCCUUUAUUAUCUCGUUUAUAUACUUUUCACGGAUCCAGUUUUCAAAAUGCAAUUGCGCCACCAUUACACAGGAGUAAGAAUUCAGAUGGUAUUGGGGGCGGUUUAAUAGAAUUUGGAGAAUUUGAGAGUGUCGUGGCAGAAUUAAAACGUGGAAUUAUAGUCAAUUUUUUAAAUAAUGUCUCCACAGAAAUCGUUCUCAAUGUUACUACACCUCAGGAUCUCUUGGUCGAUUUAGGAUCACCGCUUAGGAUAUUCUACAAAGAAGAAGAUAAGAUGCGGAUACACUCAGAAUAUAGCAGUGCCAAUGAUACGGUUGAAAGUGGUGAAAACGGAAAUUUGAAUUCCUCACCAAAUGUCGAAGAUUGCUCUCGAGGAGGAGACGCUAUUGAUUAUUUCUACAACUAUUUUCAUCUUGGUUUUGAUGUGCUCUUCGAUGGCUCUACUCAUCGUUGUAAAAAAAUCGUAUUGCAUGGAAAUGUACCUGGUCAUUUUGAUUUCCAAAGGUAUAAACGAUGUCCUUAUAAGAUAUUAUUACCUAAGGUUUCAUCUAAUUCACAGAUUUCUAAUGAAGUUGCUAGACUAGAAGUUCUUGAAGAUGAUGAUAAUCAAUCGACAUCACAAUCUCCACAAACUGUGGAUAAUAUUGUUACUUCAGAAAUGAAGAUGGACCAAAUUCGAAAACUGUUAGGUAAUCCUUCUGGUCAGCCUUUAAUCUUUAACCGGGGAGCAGGUGGACAAAAUCCGUUUGGUCCUACAAAAUUAAGCGGAUACGAUGGAGUUGUAUUUGAAGAAAUGAAAAACGGAUGUGUUGCUACAAUUACAUUAUUUUGA